GCCGAAUCGCUAUAAUUUUAUUUUGAAUUUUCAGAACAUUUUCAAGAUAUCAAUCGACUCAAGAAUCCUUCGAACCCAUUUUUCAUCUUCUUCACUACGAACUUAUUGGGAAAUCAACUCACUGAAGAAACGAUGAAGAAUCCGAAAGUGCAAAACUUGUUGAUGUCAAACGAAAAGUUCGAUGUUGUAAUAUUAGAAUAUUUUUUCACUGAUGGACUAACUACACUGGCCAAAUAUUUUGAUGCCCAUCUCAUCCUGAUGAGUCCCGUUGCAGCUAACAUGUGGAAUAAUCACGUAGUAGGAAAUCCAUCGCUACCAUCUCUUUAUCCCGACAUAACACUCGGAUAUCCGUUCAAAAUGUCUUUUUAUCAACGCUUUAAAAACACCUUCCAUUUAAUUAACAAUUACAUUAAUUUAAACUUUAUAUUCUAUCCCAAACAGAAUGAAAUUGUUCAGAAAUAUUUACCAAAAUCUAUUGAUAUGAGAGAAAGCAUCAGUAAUAUUUCCUUGAUGUUUUUAAAUUCUCAUGUUAGUUUAUCAAAGCCGCAAGCACAUGUUCCUAACAUGAUAGAAAUUGGUGGUUUUCAUAUUAUGCCACCAAAUAAACUACCCGCCGAUCUUCAGAUUCUUCUGGACAACGCCAAGAAUGGUGUGAUUUAUUUCAGUAUGGGAUCCAAUUUGAAGAGCAAAAAUUUACCAAUUGAAAUGAGAAAUGAAAUCCUCAAAGCUUUCAGAAAAAGAAAGGAAAUCGUUUUAUGGAAAUGGGAGGAUGAUUUUCUGCCCAAUCAACCUUCGAAUGUUUUUUUGAAGAAAUGGCUUCCUCAGCAAGACAUAUUGG